AUGGCGGUGAUCAUGGAGCAGGGCGAUCAGGAGAUGGCGGAGCAGGCCCGGCGAGAGGCGGCGGAAGUCUUUGGGGCACCCAGCACAGCUCCGUUGGAGCCGAACCGGCGAGAGCCGACACAGGAGCUGGAGAACCAGGAUGGCCGGAAGCCCAAAUGGAAUCGCCCAGCCUCGAAAGGACAGAACUACGGCAAGGGCAGUUACCGUGGCGGCGCGUGGCACGACUCCAAGGAUCCGUGGAGUUACGAGCCGGCUCCACUCGGGGAGCAGGAGCAGGAGUUCCUGCGCAACGUGGCCAAGAUGCUCAUGAGGCACGAGUCAGAGAUGCGGCUACUGCGCCAAGACACGACCUGGAUGAUGUUCGUGGACACCCACGAGCAAGGAGUGCUCUCUCUCAUCCAGGAAAAGGCGGCGAAGUGGCAGGAGCUCUACCAGGAAAAGAAGGUCACCAGCAGCCUCCGAACAGUUCUUCUGAUUGGUGUCUUUCAGGAGCUGGCCUCGCGUCUACAAGCCCUGCUUCAAGAUCAGGAACGCCUCACCAAGAUGCACACGGUCGGCUGGCUGAUGCAGGGCGAGCAGGCCUUGAAUCCCAAGUGGAUCUACCAACAGUGGUCGCACGAGAAGCAGGCUGUGGAGACCUCCCCUCAGGCGCCCAUUCCCCACUCCCUGGCACCCGAUGCGGUCCAGGCGGUGAUCAACAUUGUGGGGGUCCCUGGGGUGUUGCUGCGGUUCCGCUCGACGAGACCCCUGACAGAGAAGAUCACGAGCGAGGUGCUGCCGUUUGCUCUGGUGUUGUCUCUACGUGGUCAGCUGGCGAUGCAGGUUCAUCAGGCACUGGGCAUUCUGGCAGGGAGUGCAUGUCUGAAGGUGGCGGGCCUAAGAGUUCGCCCGGACCGGGGACAGCAGUCCACCUUGGCGAAAGCCCUGGAAGACUCGUACACGGGCCUCACGUUUGCAGACUGGAAGCCUCGAGAUCGCAACUGGCCGCGUCAGCAGCCCAAAUGGCCGCGGGAGGAUCGAGCCCAGGAGAGCAGCGCGCCAGUGUUUGCGUGGACAGGCCAGCUGGUUGAUCGUGCUGCUUGCUGUUACGGUACAGCGAAGGCGGCCAUCAGGCAAGGCUCACAGGUCCUGAUGCAGUUGUGGAUGCAGGUGAUCUCGCGGCGCCUGUCCUUCUUGAUCUGGCAG